UAUCACAUGUACAUAAAAAUAAUAAUAAUUCACGUAUGUAAAUAACUUUAAAACCAUCCAAUUCUUCUCCAAAUUAUUCACCACCUUUGACCAUGGCCAUCUCUAUGCUCUCACACAAUCCUCUUCUUCUCCGAUCAGAAAAACACUUCCCCACACCAUCUUUAAGCCUAAACCAGUCAAAAAAAUCUUUAACUUUCGCUCCAAAAAUUACACCAGCUCGAGUUUUAUAUAAAGAAUCAUUAUCAUCAACCAUAACAGAGCUAGAGGAAGAAGAAGACGACGACCAAGAACAAGAAUAUCUUAAUUACACUACCAAGAAAGAACCGGAAAGAAAGCUAGCCGAUGUCUGGAGAGAAAUCAACGGUCAAGAUGACUGGGUUGGUUUACUCGAUCCACUUGACCCGAUUCUCCGAUCAGAACUGAUCCGAUACGGUGAGAUGGCGCAAGCUUGUUACGAUGCCUUUGAUUACGACCCGUACUCAAAAUACUGCGGCAGUUGCAGGUUUAACCGGCGACGGUUUAUGGAAUCACUAGCGAUGACUCACCAUGGAUACGACGUCGUUAGGUAUCUCUACGCUACAAACGAUAUCAACCUCCCGAAUUUCUUCAAGCAGUCACGGUGGCCGAAAAUGUGGAGUAACAAAGCAAACUGGAUCGGAUACGUCGCCGUUUCGAACGACGAGACGAGUAAAACAUUAGGCCGCCGUGACAUAACGAUCGCGUGGAGAGGCACCGUUACUCAUCUAGAAUGGAUUGCAGAUUUGAAAGAUUAUCUUAAACCAGUUAGGGCAAACAAAAUUCCAUGUCCAGAUCCGACGGUCAAAGUUGAAUCAGGGUUUCUAGAUCUUUACACCGACAAAGCUGAGCACUGUAGAUUCUGUAAGUACUCAGCUAGAGAACAGAUUUUAACGGUGGUUAAAUCGUUAACGGAAACCUACGCCGGUGAGGAAAUCAGCGUUACGAUCACCGGGCAUAGUUUAGGCAGUGCUUUAGCUAUAUUAAGUGCUUAUGAUAUAGCUGAAACCGGGUUAAAUGUGAUGCAUGACGGUCGGGUUAUGCCCGUGACUGUUUUUUCAUUCUCGGGUCCUCGGGUCGGGAACGUGAGAUUUAAGAACCGGAUAGAAUCGUUGGGUGUGAAGGUGUUGAGGACGGUGAAUGUUCAUGAUGUGGUGCCUAAGACUCCCGGGUUUGUGUUUAAUGAACGGGUGGCGCCCGUUUUAAUGAAGGUGGCUGAAGGUUUGCCAUGGUGUUAUUCUCAUGUCGGAGUUGAGUUGGCUUUGGAUCAUAAAAACUCACCAUUUUUGAAGGAUACGGGUGACCCGGUUUGUGCUCAUAAUUUGGAGGCUCACUUGCAUUUGCUUGAUGGAUACCAUGGGAAAGGGGAAAGAUUUGUGCUAGCAAGUGGAAGGGACCCAGCAUUGGUAAACAAGGCAUCAGAUUUGUUGAAAGAUCAUUAUUUGGUGCCACCAUUCUGGAGACAGGACGAGAACAAAGGCAUGAUCCGAAAUCAUGAUGGCCGCUGGGUUCAACCCGAACGCCCUAAACUUGACGAUCACUGUCCUGAUAUGCAUCUUCAUCUCACCAACUUAGGCCUUUAAAUCCUACAAUAUGUAAUAAUAUUCUUUUACUCAACACUUGUUAAUAAUUUUGUAUACACUAUAUAUAUUAGUAAUACAUAUAUAUAUUAGAAAUAUGCAAAUUUUCUUCAAUGUUCUCCUUUCUAUAUUAGAUAUAAAAUUGGAUAUGAAAUUGGCUAUUUUAGAGAUAUUUUAUUAAUUAA